CAAAAGCCCAGAGUCGCGUUAAGCCAAAGCGGUUCAUAAGAAACGCACAUCCACCUCCCCUGUUUCUCCAGCUUCGAGGUUUUCCAGGGAGAGGAAGGAAGGCAGAGAGAGCAGGGCGCUUGAGACUGCAAGAGGCCGCCGCCAUGGAGAACGAGUUCCAGGAUGGCAAGGAGGAGGUCAUCCAAGCAUGGUACAUGGAUGACAGUGAAGAGGACCAGAGGCUCCCUCACCACCGUGAGCCCAAAGAGUUCAUUCCUCUUGCCAAACUUUCAGAAUUAGGUGUUGUAAGCUGGAACCUGAAUGCUGAUAACUGGGAGAAAGACGAGAAUCUCAAGAAAAUCCGUGAGGCCAGGGGAUACUCCUAUGUGGACAUCUGCGACGUAUGUCCUGAGAAGUUGCCAAACUAUGAGGCCAAGCUGAAGAAUUUCUUUGAAGAGCACUUGCAUACUGAUGAAGAGAUACGCUAUUGUCUUGAGGGCAGUGGAUACUUUGAUGUGAGGGACCAAAACGAACAGUGGAUCCGUAUAGCAGUUAAGAAAGGUGGCAUGAUUGUUUUGCCUGCAGGAAUGUAUCACCGCUUUACAUUGGAUAGUGACAACUACAUCAAGGCAAUGCGGCUCUUUGUGGGAGAGCCUAUCUGGACGCCAUACAACCGUCCCCAUGACCAUCUCCCAGCUAGUGUUCGGCAGCGAGCGGAGUCUUCUGUGAGGUCGACGACCCCUGCGCUAGAGUCGCCGGCCUUGACAUCGUUGACCACUGGGGCGAACCAAACGGUCGACAGUGUGGACGCUUUGCACGGACGUGUAGACCGCCUGGUUCACGUCAAUGUGCUCCAGGUUCCACUAGGAGCAUCGGAACAACGGUGGCAUCCCCGUGCUUCGCCUCCAAUUGUGCCACGGCCACGGCGUCCGAGGGAGAAGAUAGUGGAGUGUGAACUGGGAAGAGCUGGGUGGACUGUGAAAACGCACGGGCGCCGACUGAGUUUUGGAUGGGUUCGGGUGUCGGACGCCAACGGCGUACGUCCUGACUCCCCUAGAGAGCUCCCCCGAUUUGUCGCCGGCCUAAGGGGUUCCAGACGUCCGGGUUUUAGAAAGAUCGAUCCAGACAGAUGGGAAUUCGCGAACGAGGGUUUCAUUCGGGGCCAGAGACAGCUUCUAAAGAUGAUAAAGAGAAGGAGACCAUUGUCCUAUCUCCCUUCACCACAACAUCAGGCCCUUGGCUCCUGCCUCGAGGUUGGCCAGUUCGGAUUGGACGAAGAAAUCGAAGUGCUAAAGCGCGACAAGAACGCCUUACUCGAAGAGGUGGUGAAACUGAGGCAGGAGCAGCAGAGCAGCAGAGCUGACAUGCGAGCCAUGGAAGAGAGGCUGCACCGCGUCGAGCAGAAGCAGCUCCAGAUGAUGGGUUUCCUGGCAAGAGCAAUACAGAACCCUGACUUCUUUCUUCAGUUGAUCCAGCAACAAGAUAAACUGAAGGAUCUUGAGGACGCUUAUUCGAACAAGAGGAGGAGGUCCAUCGACGUAAUGCCGUUCCUUGGCCCUGAGGGGGCCAGUCAGAGUGAGCCACUCGAGUCCACAUUCAUAUUUGAGGACAGGGAAUUUUCAGAGCUGGAGAAUUUAGCCAUGAACAUUCAGGGGAUCAGGAAGGGCAUGGAGGGUGACAGAGGUGGUCGGGAUCAAGGCUGCGGUGAGGCCGAACUGACUGACGACUUCUGGGAGGAGCUGCUGAGUGAAGGAAUGAGGGAUGAAGCUGAGAUGGUAGAGCUGGAAAGGAGGAGAUCUAGAUAUGUCGACGCGUAGCGCAAAGUAUGGGUCAUUUAAGUAACAGCGAUCCAAAAUCUACCAGAAUUCAUAACCAUUUAAUCUAUAUACCAUUGUAUUGAUAGCUGUAUUGUAUAUUGUAGUGCUAAUUCAUAGUCAUAGACUGAUUGUAUUGCGGUUCCACACCGAUUAUGUGGUAGUAUAUAUCUAGUCGUAUAAAAACUAUCCCUGGAUUCUCAUCGGCA